ACUUAUUCUAAGGACUCUUUGAUUUUUCUGACAGAAGAAUUUGUCUAAUCUAAUUUGAAAAGAUUUAGAGAGAUUAUUUUGAGUGUAAAGAACUUUAAUUGAUGUUGAAUGCCGAAUAAGUGUGGACUAUUUACAAUUGAAUACCUACCAAUAAAGAUACAAUAACAAAAAAGUGACGAGAACACAACAAAGAAAUUUUACGUACCGCGCAUAGCCCGUGAAAAUGGCUUUCGUGGUAUGGGUCCAGUAGGAUGUUUCCUAUCGACAUAUUACAGGAAUCACCUAAAACAGACUCUAUAGAGAACCAAACACUACCAAGCGUACCCAGAGACGAAGAAAAAGCCAGCAAAAAUCAAACGUCACAAAUCAUGGAUAAAUCUGACCACGGAGGUUACUCUAAAGAUAAAGAUCGUAAUGCACCGAAAUCGCUUCAACAACACUCAAGUAGACACCACUAUCAAAGAAAAGCGUACUCAGUUCCUAAAUUUAGUCAUCAUAAAAUGUUCGGAACUACCAGGGCUAUGAGUUACAAUGUGAUGGAUCAGAAAACUAGUUCACUUCAACUCCGAAGAUCAAUAAAUCCAUUAGAGUCGAUGAAUAGUGAAUUUUCUGCCUAUAAAGCGAAGAUAACUAACACUUCUUCAUCCAAGAUGUAUGAAAAACUAAGCUCGCCGAAGACGAGCAGAAGAGAGUUGAAUAUGUGUUCAGAAGAAUUCAUAAUUCUACCAAAACUGCAACCGAAUGAAGCAGAGUUUCUUAGACUCGUAUCGGAAGACAAUGUCGAUGGUGCCAAAGAAAUUUUAAAUGGCGAUCCGUGCCUGAAUGUGAACUGUACAAACUAUCAGGGUAUGUCAGCGCUCCAAAUGGCUGUACAAAACAGAUCUCCAGCAAUGGUUAAGUUUCUCUUGGGGCUUCCAAAUGUGGAAAUAAGUGACAGUGUGUUACAAGCCAUCCGAUCCAACAAUAUUAAGAUAUUGGUUUGUUUGUUGGAGGCUCAGCAGAAGAUUUCGCCAGGAUUAGAGUGUGCGGGGGCGACGCAUUCGGCAGACUUCCCCGCGCACGUGACGCCUCUCAUCCUCGCUGCUCAGCUGGGACAUUACGAGAUUGUCUCACUGCUCAUCGAAAGAGGACACGCAAUCAAUCGUCCCCAUAAACUUAACUGCUGUUGCAGUUGUUGUAGAACUUGCUGCUUGAAUGAUGAUCCACUGUACGAGAGCAGUGUUCGUCUGUCUAUAUACCGAGCGAUUGCGUCUCCUGCAUACAUGGUGCACAUGUGCGCCGACCCUAUUCUCGCCUCGUUUAGACUCGCUGCAGAAUUGGCAGACAAUGCUGCAGCUCACAGGCAACUCGCUGCAGCCUACCUGCAAGUCGCUGAUGACGUCAGCACCUUCGCUGUUGACCUCAUAGGAUGUUGUCGUACAUCAGAAGAAGUGGAAUUUGUGUUAAAGCAAACGACAGGUUGUCUCGGACGUCGCCAUUUUGUGUUGCCGAGGCUGCUUAUGGCUGUCGACUAUAAGCAGAAGGAAUUUGUCGCACAUCCCAAUACACAACAGGUGCUGGAGUCAUACUGGCUCGGCGACUGGCAUUCAUGGAGAAGCAAACCUCUGUUAGUAAAGGCGGUACUCGUUUUAGGCCGAGUAUUCAUUACACCAUUUAUUCUUCUUGUGUGCAUGGUAGCGCCUCGUCAUCGCCUCGUAUCUCACUGGCAGAUACCGUUGAACAAACUGAUUACUCACGUCGCCGCAUAUUUCGUUUUCCUUGCUCUAGUCUUCUAUAUUUCUAAUCAAGAUAAAUACAGUCAGAAACGAGGACCUCCAAACACAGAUCGCAAAUAUUGGAACCAGCACGACCCAACUUUAUUAGCCGAGGGCACGUUUUGCUUGGCGACUAUAAUCGCUUUCUUCCGACUUAUGUUCCUGUGCCAGUUGAACUACCAUCUAGGGCCAUUGCAGGUAUCGUUAGGGAAAAUGACUAUUGAUAUUUACAAGUAUAUCAUAAUAUUUGCAAUAAUAAUCAGCGCGUUUACUGCCGGCCUGGCGCGGUUCUACCAGUAUUACGAUGGUAUGGUUUAUGAAGACGAGUUCGGCAUGAAGACAGUACAGGUGGCCUCAUUCACGAGUUUGACAGACACCCUAAACACGUUGUUCUGGGCUCUAUUUUGUAUGGCGCCCUUGGAAAGUGCUGACGUGGUGCUGGAGAACACCCGGGAUCCAAGGAGUUUGGACAAGUUGCAUGAGAAUAGACACGGGUACACUGAACGUAUCGGAUACUUUUGUUUUGGAUGUUUCGAAGUAAUAUCCGUAAUAGUGGUACUGAACAUGCUCAUUGCUACUAUGUCCAACACUUUUCAAAGAGUUACCGACAACGUCGAUAUAGAGUGGACUUUCGGCAAAACUGAGGUGUACAUAGACUACAUGCUGCAAACAACGCUACCGUCACCAUUUAACUUGAUCCCCACAGCGUCUGGUGUGGGCAACGUAAUGGAAUGGUUUCGUGCUAGAUUUAAUCGACCGCCAGGGGCCUAUGCCCGAUGGUCACCUUCUUAUUGCUGUUAUAUUGAGCGUGAUGUGGAAGCAAAUGUUCAGAAAGAGUAUCCGGCGCUGAUGUCUGUUCUGGUGCAGCGAUACUUUAGAGAUAAAGACAGCUCGAUGAUAACCGCUCAUAGAGUUGAGUGUGAAGUGGCCGCUUUGCGCAGGAAUAUUGCCUGCAUCAAAAUUCCACGGAAUCUUUGCACGUCUUAUAGGCCUGAAUCUUAAGCGUCCACACUCAGAACUAAUUUACCUUCGUUGGUGCAAUGGAUUUGGCAUUGACGCCAAAAACUAAGAAUUAUAAAUACUCGUUGCUAGCAUUCGAGUAUCGAGAGGAUUAAGGCUUCUGUAUCAGGGUUGUCACAUUGAUGUUUUCGGUUAUAAGGCUUUAUCUUUUUACAAUAAAAAUAUUCGCAAUU